AUGAAACCACGAUCGUAUCGGGCUAAAGCCAGUAAAACAACCAAACCAAGGAACAGUUCCCGAAAACCACAGAAUUAUGUUGUCAAAUUGAAGAUAUCGUCUAACUUGUUGAAAAAAUUUAAUAACACCAUUGAUAGUAAAAGUGACGAAGAUAAUGAUAUGGACAAUGAAGAUGAGAACAUGAGUAAUCUAGAUAAUUCCAAUCUUAAUAAUGAGGAGAAUGAGAAUGAGGACCAUAAUGAACAAUUAUUAUCACUUCCACUACCAAGAAAGAAAAGAACCCGAUUAAAUACGUAUAAUUCAAAUUCAAAUUCAAACUCGAAUUCAAAUUUUGGGACACCACUCCACUCUGAUUCUAAUAUUUCAACAUCUCCUGUGGCAUCAAAAACCUAUCAAAGCAACAGCAACACGAAUAAUAAUAAUAAUAAUAAUAAUAAUAACAACAACAACAACAACAACAACAACAACAACACACAUGAUCUGUUCAAUGAUUCAAACGAUGGUGAAUCAAGUCUUGUUUCGAGUCCUGCAUUAGCACCAUCGGUAAAAGACGAUGGAAACCUAACACCACUAUCGAUCUCUGGCAACAGCACUAAUACACCAGUGAAGGGCAAGACCAGUCUUAAUCUCAAUCUCAAUCUCAAUCUCAAUCUCAAGGGCAACAACAGUCUGUCUGUGUUUCGAAGAAGAGGCCGGGGAGGAGGCCAGCGAGCAGGACGAACCAACUUGAACUUGAAUAUCAAUAGCUCUGGAAAACGAUCGAUGAUGUCGUCUCCUGCGCCUGAGUCCAUGUACAACAGCCACAACAACAACAGCAGUUUGAGUUUGAGCAACAUGGCGAACAAUUCCAGUGGUGUUUCAGGUGCCGGAGCUGGAGUUAGCGCUGCUGGGAACAGCAAUCCGGUUGCCAAUCCCAGUAGUUAUUACAGUAAUUAUAAUCUCAGCAAUGUGUCUAAAAGUCUAUUGAAUUCCAACACGUUGAUCGCCAAUAAUUUGAUCAAUUUCAAGUUGGAUGUGAAGAACAAGAUUCCUGUGCGAAAAUGGGUGAAGAAAAAGAGGCAGAUCAAGAGUUUUACAGGUUACAAGAUAGAAUGCAUUGCCUGGUAUGGCAAUCCUGAGAAGCCUAAGAAGCCUGGAGAGACUGAAAGUUCUAGAUCCAGGCCAAAUGAGGAACAUGAGGAACACAAAAUAACAAGUGGGCCAAAGCAGGAAAUACCCAAAAUAGAAGAGCCCAAAGAGGUGGAUGAGCCCAAAGAGGUGGAAGAGGAUCGUGAACCUGGUAAAAGUACUGAGAAUACCAAGGAAAGUGAAAGUAGCAAGAUUCCAGUUAUAACUCUCAAACAAGCAGAAGGUGAGUGA